AUGAUUCCAUUUAAAAAAUUAGCUUCACUUUUCAUACGUACUUUUUCUAAACCUGUUGCCAAUAUUAUUAAAAGAUAUGCUCUUAAUAAUAAUAAUAAGAGAUCUUAUUUAAGAAGAAUAGUCAGAAAUAGUUUUAUUUUUCUUGGAAAUAAAUAUCAUAAAUUUGAUAUGUAUAUAGAAAGAGCUUCAAUUGGUUAAUCAAGUGAAUAAAUAUUUGUUAAACCUUUAACAAAUGAAGCUGCAUUUAUGAAAGGUUUUUUAAUAUUUUACAUAUUUUUAUAUAGGCACAGAUCUAUUUUCAGAUUUAUUUAUAUAUUCAUGUGUUUUAGGAUUACCUUUAUAUGAAAUCAUUAGACAAUCCAAUGAAUCUGCCAAAAAGGAAGCCCGAGAAGAUGAAAAAUUAGAAAAAUUAUCAAAAGUACUCCAACAAUUUUCACUAUUAGGAAGUUGAAGAAUUAGAGUUAAUUGAAUCAAAAAUUAAAGAUAAAUAAUUUUAACUAACAUAAUUAAAUUAAUAACUUAUUGAAUAAAUAUUGUCAACGAGUUACCAAUUUUAAAAACAAAUAGCUAGAAUGUGUAGAGAUUUAAAUUAGAAUUAAUGA